CAUGCGCAGGCGCUAGGCAGCCCAAGGCGGUCGAAAGGGGAGUUCAAGGAGACGGGGGAGACACGGCUGCGGGCGGCUCCUCGGGGUCUGGGCUACAGCCGUCAUGCCGGGGAUAGUGGAGCUGCCCACUCUGGAGGAUCUGAAAGUCCAGGAGGUGAAGGUCAGUUCUUCUGUGCUGAAAGCCGCUGCCCAUCACUAUGGAGCUCAGUGUGAUAAGCCCAACAAGGAGUUCAUGCUCUGCCGCUGGGAAGAGAAAGACCCGAGGCGGUGUUUAGAGGAAGGCAAGCUUGUUAACAAGUGUGCUCUGGACUUCUUUAGGCAGAUAAAGCUGCACUGUGCGGAGCCCUUCACCGAGUACUGGACCUGCAUCGACUACUCCAGCCUGCAGCUCUUCCGUCACUGCCGCAAGCAGCAGGCCAAGUUUGACGAGUGCGUGCUGGACAAGCUGGGCUGGGUGCGGCCUGACCUGGGGGAGCUGUCAAAGGUCACCAAAGUGAAAACAGAUCGACCUUUACCAGAGAACCCCUAUCACUCAAGACCAAGACCAGAGCCCAACCCUGAGGUAGAAGGUGAUCUGAAGCCUGCCAGACAUGGCAGCCGCCUGUUUUUCUGGACCAUGUAAAGAUGGGUCCAUGGCCCACACUCAGUCACGCGCCCAGACGACGACGGAUGAAGCUCCUGUGCAGUUUGCAUCGACCGAUAGAGUGUUCUUUCCGGGAUCACAAACGUUAACAAAAAAGUUAAUUUAUGUGACUUGGCAGUUAUUCUAUACCAUUUCCUGGCCAUUAAAAAUUUUAAAGGAAA